UUCGAAAGCCGAUUAGCGCUAACCCACGAUUAAAUCGCCCUAACCCAAGAAUAAAAUUUAACCUACGAUUAGUUUCUGUUCCUGAAAGCGCGAUUAGCACUAUCCCAGGGUUAAAAUAAAGGUUAACUUUAACACACCUAGCGAGGUGGAUUAACUCACUAAUCGAGGGAAAACUUUCCCCAAACAAAACAAAAUGGCCGACUUAUUACUUGACGGAUUAGGCUUAAUGCCGGCCCCAAGAAGGAAAGAAAGGACAUUUAGGCUACCAGACGACUUUUCCCUGUCCAAUUUUACUGAUGAAGAAUUGAGAAGUCGAUAUCGUUUUGGCCGAGAGUCCAUAGAAUUUUUAUCUGAGCUCCUUCGCGACGAUCUUGAAAGGGAUACAUCUCGAAACCAUGCUUUGUCGACAACUGUGCAAGUCCUUGUAGCGUUGCGCUUUUUCGCUUCCGGAAGCUUUCUUCAAGUUAUUGGAGAUACUCUGGGCCUGUCAAAGUCAUCCGUGUCCCGUAUAAUCGGUCAAGUUUCGCUUGCCCUUGCACAGAAACAAAGAAACUUCAUCAAGUGGCCAUCGACCGAAGAGGAGAUACUUCAAAACAAACGCGGUUUUUUCACCAAGGGGGGAUUUCCUGGGGUGAUUGGCUGUGUUGACGGCACUCACAUCAAGAUUCAGGCACCACAUGAAAACGAAAACGAUUUUGUCAAUCGUAAAGGGUUCCAUUCCAUAAAUGUGCAAGCAAUUUGCAAUCACAAAGGCAUGUUUACCAACAUUGUAGCACGAUGGCCAGGCAGCACCCAUGACAGCUUCAUAUUUAGGGAUUCAAGAAUUGGCCAACAACUUAAUAUCCAACACCAGUCCCUGGAAGAUGGUUUACUGUUGGGUGACAGUGGUUACCCUUGCAAGCCGUACCUGAUGACCCCUUACCUGAAUCCAGUCACUGACAAGCAGCAAGAGUUCAACAGUGCCCACAAAAGAACAAGAGUGGCAAUAGAACAAGCCUUUGGCUGGUGGAAGCGAAGGUUCCAUCUGCUUCAUUCUGAGAUCAGAAUGAAGCCAGAAAAAGUGUCCAUCAUUAUCGGAGCAUGUGCAGUUUUACAUAACAUUGCAAUUCUGAGAAAGGAACCUUUGGAUGGCUAUGCUGAGGCUGAUGAUCAACCUAAUCUUGUUUGCUUCCGGGGUCCAGAGGAUGGCAAGGUCAUCCGAGACCACAUCUGCAACACCUUUUUCUGACAAUUUUUAAUUUUUGUAUUUCUGCCUUAUGCAAUCAGU